AUGUACGAGCUAGCGACGGUGACGUAUGGGACGAAACCGGCGCCUUUUCUGGCGACUCGUACUUUAAAACAAUUGGCCUUAGACGAAGGGCACAAAUUUCCUCGUGCUGCACAGGCGGUCGACGAGGACAUCUAUAUGGAUGACGUUAUCUCCGGCGCAGAUGAUGUCGACACAGCAGUGGAACUGCGCAAACAACUAGCUGCCAUGAUAGCGAGAGGCGGUGUCAAAUUAAGGAAGUGGGCUUCCAACUGUCUCGAUAUUUUGGAUGGCAUUCCGCGGGACUGUGUAGCACUUCCAGACUCCGAAGAAGUUAACUGGGACCAAGAUCAAGCAGUAAAAACGUUAGGUUUAACUUGGUUUCCAAAAACCGAUUGCUUCAAAUACCAGUUUCGAUUACCAAUGCUCGAACCAAAUAAAACGCUAACAAAACGCAAGUAUUGUCUGCGAUAG